AACGGUAACUUUCUGGUGCUCACUUCCAAAUCAGCGGUUAUAAAAAAAAUCCGUAAAACCUUCUUCGCAACACUACUUUGCUUGAUCUUCUCUCUCUGAGGAAAUGAUUAUGUCUCUCUCUCGUCUCUUUCUUCUCGCUGCGACGACGGCGAUGUUAAUGGUGGUUGCGACUGCGCAGAUCGGCGGUCAAGUGAUACAGGUGGAGUUGUGGUGUGUGGCGAAGAACAACGCGGAAGAUUCGUCGCUACAGACGGCGAUUGAGUGGGCUUGUGGUCAAGGCGGCGCUGAUUGUGGCCCGAUUCAGCAAGGUGGACCUUGUAACGACCCGACGGAUGUUCAGAAAAUGGCGUCGUUUGUUUUCAACAAUUAUUAUCUGAAGAACGGCGAGGAGGACGAGGCUUGCAAUUUCAACAAUAACGCUGCUCUUACUUCACUCAAUCCUAGUCAGGGAACUUGCAAAUACCCUUCGAGUAAGGGAGUCAACAAUGGUCGAGUAGCGGAUGACACUUCAACGGGUGCAGGACAAGCAGAUAUGAGCCGUGCUGGCAGACCGAUUUCCAGCAGUUGGAUUGCGACCUUCAUCGGUUUCAGUAGCUUAUUGACGAUGACACGGAUAAUUCAUCAUCUUUAGGAUUGCUUACACGCACACGCUCACUGAUGAUGAGAAGGAUACUAUUUUGAUCUCUCCCAGUUUACCUUUGAAGAUAAGCCUAAUAUCUAAUUGUUUUUUUUGUCUGGCAUUUGAUUUUAUUAUAAUCCAUCCCACUGUGAGUGAUUGAACAUGUUUUGAUUGCUUCUAUGGGAAUUCGUAGUGAAAUUUCUUUCUCUCAACGAAUAUAUAAUGAUGUAAUGA